AUGAAUGUGUCUGAUACACAUCCUUUUUACUCCUCCCUUGUAGUGGAUGGCAGCCUGCAGAGAGCUAUAGUAAACCAUAAAGACAGUCUGAUAAGGAGGUAUGAAUGUGUGAUAGAAGGCAUCGAAACAGCAGGGAACCAAACUCCCCUCAACAGGAUUUACACAGAGCUCUACAUCACAGAAGGAGAGAGUGAAGGGGUUAACAAUGAACAUGAGGUGUGGCAGCUAGAGACAGCAUCUAGAACACCAACCUCACAUGACACAGCAAUCCACUGCAAUGACAUCUUUAAACCCUUACCUGGCCAAGAGAGAAGCAUCAGAACUGUGCUGACCAAGGGCAUCGCUGGCAUCGGAAAAACAGUCUCUGUGCAGAAGUUCAUCCUAGACUGGGCUGAAGGGAAGGCAAACCAAGAUGUGGAGAUCAUAUUUGUGCUUCCUUUCCGGGAGCUGAACUUGAUCAAAGAUCUCCAGUACAGUCUUCUCAGGCUUUUAAAUGACUUCCACACAGAACUAGACAUAGGCAAUGCAAAGAAACUCACUGCCUGUAAAGCUAUGUUCAUCUUUGAUGGUUUGGAUGAAAGCAGACUUCCAUUAGAUUUCCAGCACAAUGAAAAGGUUUCUGAUGUCACCCAGACAUCAUCUGUUGAUGUUCUGCUGACAAACCUCAUCAAGGGGAAUCUGCUUCCCUCUGCUCUCCUCUGGAUAACCUCCCGACCAGCAGCAACCAAUCAGAUACCACCUAAGUGUGUUGACCAGGUGACAGAGGUACGAGGGUUCAAUGACCCACAGAAGGAGGAAUACUUCAGGAAGAGAUUCAGUGAUGAGGACCUGGCCAACAGAAUCAUCUCACACAUAAAGACAUCAAGGAGCCUCCACAUCAUGUGCCACAUGCCAGUGUUCUGUUGGAUUUCUGCAAUAGUGCUUGAACAGGUGUUGAAUACAGACAAGAGGAGAGAGAUGCCCACGACUCUGACUGAGAUGUCCAUACACUUCCUGCUCAUUCAGGCCAGCCUGAAGAACCAGAAGUAUCAUGGAAGAGAUGAGAUGGAUCAAGAGGAGCUCAUGGAGUCAGAUAAGGAAAUGCUUCUGAAGCUGGGGAGGCUGGCGUUUGAAAAUCUGGAGAAGGGUAAUCUCAUGUUCUAUGAAGAAGACCUGAAAGAGGCUGGCCUUGAUGUCAAAGAAGCCUCAGUGUACUCAGGAGUGUGCACACAAAUCUUUAAAGAAGAGUCUGUGUUAUUUCAGAGAGUGGUGUACUGCUUUGUUCAUCUGAGCAUUCAGGAGUUUCUCUCAGCUGUCUACAUGUACCAUUGUUACACAACCAGGAACAUGGAUGCACUGAAGCCCUUCCUCAAGAGAAAGUCUAGAUGUGCGUCUGAAGAGCUAACCUUGCAUGAGCUGCUGAAGAGUACCGUGGAUAAAGCCUUGGAGAGUAAGAAUGGACACCUGGACCUUUUUGUCCGCUUCCUUCAUGGCAUGUCACUGGAGUCCAAUCAGAAACUCCUACGAGGUCUGGUGACACAGACAGAAAGCAGUCCGGAGAGCAUCCAGAAAACAAUCCGAUCCCUUAAGGUGAUGCAGAGGAAGAACAUGUCCCCUGAGAGGUGCAACAAUCUCUUCCACUGUCUGAUAGAGAUGAAAGACCAUUCAGUACAGGAGGUAAUCCAAGAGUACUUGAGGUCAGAGAACAGAUCCAAAAACCUCACCCAUGGUCAGUGUUCAGCGCUGGCCUACAUGCUGCAGAUAUCAGAGGAGGUUCUGGAUGUGUUUAACCUGAAGGAAUACAAGACAACACAGGAGGGUCGUAGGAGACUGGUCCCAGCUGUGAGAGGCUGCAGGAAAGCUCUGUAA